CCUUUGGCUUUCAUUGAAAUAACUGCUCAUCCAGUCUAGAUACAGUCCAAAUAAAAUGUUAUACUAAUAUUCCUGUGAAGGCUUAGCCUACUUUGCGCCUGUGGUACUCAACAUUGGGUUUAUGGCGAGCUGAUUUUAUACUUAAUAGUAUUUUUAUCCCCUGUUACAUCACUGUACUGGUCCUAUCAUAUUUUCACAUAUGACAUGUUCUGCUUAGUUUUUUGUAUCCUGGUAAAAUUAAAACUGUCUCGUUUUAUAGUUUUAUUGUAAUCAGGGACAAAAAAAGGUCUUCUACUUUAUCAAGAAUCCAUCCGGACGUUGUAAUGAGUCUACUGCUGAAUCUUGGGCUAAACAUGAGCUGCGAAAGGAAAUUUCAUAACAGCCUCUCGUAGUUGGACUCUAAGCCACCUCGGAUGCUUUUUUUCCCUUCUGAAAACAACCACUGGUCUGCUCUCAGGAAGUACUGUAUGAAUAUUAAUAUGGAUGCAAAUGCACAGUGAGGAUGCCCAGCGCUUGAACCAACACAGCGCGCUGAUAUCUGCGCAUUUUUUUUUUUGUUUUGGCGUGUUUUUCUUUUUUUCCUCUCUGUCCAGGGGCUGAACUGAAAGCGUGUUUCUUUUGCCGAGGUCGCGUCGGAGGCUUUUUUUUUUUUAAACCACACAAGGAUGGCGUUUUACCUGAGAGGAACAUUUUGUAACGUCGCAUUGAAUUGCAUCAUGGUUUUCAAUCAGAUCUCACACCGGCCAGGCUACACCGAGCCGCGGUAGUAGAGUGUUGCUGUUUAUCAUAAAAAUGGAAGACCUUUCACGUCAAGAAAAGGCGUCAGUCCGGUGAUAUGCGUCUGAAUAGCUGAUUUUUCAUCUCCACGUCAAUUGACACAUCUGGGAAAGGAUUUUUUCCCCUUUCCCUCCCGUCUAUUUCAAGACAGCUGUGUCAUCAACAACCGGCGUGGUUUUGUUGUUGUCUGAUUUUUACGAGCCUGGGCAACUGGAUAGCGGCAUAGUCUGCAUCUGCGCCAGCCAUAGGCUACCCAGUUACUAAGGUGAGUUGGAGAAGGCUGCCUGCGCCAUACGCUCCAGUCUCCUGAGUCUUCUUCUAUACCAUGAGCUCUGGCUCAGCCCAGGAUGUGGCAGUCGAGCAUUUCCUGCGUGACAUAGAGAGGCGAAGCAAGCGGCUACACUGCGCUGUGAUAGGCUGCGAGGAGGAGCGACCCCGCAGCGACAUGAACCUGCUGUAUCGUAAGAGCCGUUUGGACUGGAGGCAGAGGGACCAAGAGGGAAGUAAAAAGAGCUCUACCCAAACGGACCCCUCAGCUACUGUCGGUAAAGUCAGAGACUUGGCUUCCUUCCGCCGGCACUUCCGAAUGGGUUUCAUGACCAUGCCGGCCUCCCAGGACCUGUCCCCUCACUCCUGUGCCUCUGCCAUGGCGCCGCGCUCGCAAUCCUGCCACGCUGUCGGUGCCGGGGAUACGAGUCUAGAGAACGGAGAUUACUCUGACACCCAGUCCCAGCACGGUGGCCGCUGCCCCCCGGCCAAACCCAAACGCCAUCCAAGCACUCGCCUCAGCUCCUCGUCCGCUGACAGCAGAGGACCUCCUGAGACGCCGCCGCCUCCCCCGCCCACACACUCACAGUCCAAACACUCAGAGAAGAAAAAUGCCAUGAAGAAGUCGGACUCUGGAGACAUUGGAGCAAAGAAGGUGCCUCCUUUAAAACCCAAAAGAAGUCCCAGCACCCAGCUUACCUUUGACCCUCUUCCUCCACGUGUGCCUCCUUCUGCCACAUCCCUGCCUUUCCAGGCAGCAGACUCUCAGAUUCAGACUGGAGAUGGGGAGGAUGAGCCAGUCUAUAUAGAGAUGGUGGGCCAAGUGUUCACUAGAGACAGCCAGACGGCCACCCCCCACCCUGUCACCCCUGUGGCUACCACACCUGACUCUGACUCAGAUCAGAGUGAGGCUAUCUAUGAGGAGAUGAAAUACCCGCUGCAAGAGGACAGAGAGUCCCAGAGACACCUCCCUCCCAAACACGAGAAACUGAAAAGCUCUAAACACUUCCACGUCACCCCCUCCUCCUCCAGCAGCUCCUCCUCUUUGCCACGCCCCUCCUCUUCGUCUCCUUCCUACUCAAAACCCAAAGCUACUGUGUCGAUCUCUCAUUCAUCUCCCCUGCCUUCCUCUGCAUCCUCCACCCCUGUCCCCCAGGUCCUCUCCACCAGUCCCCACACCCCUCGUGCCCCUACUCCCUACUUGUUGCAAGGGAAUAAAUCCGAGCCUGAGGCCAACACGAAGAUCCCAGCCCCUUUCCCCAAUCUUUUACAGCACCGGCCCCCGCUGCUUGCCUUCCCUCAGCCUGCAGCAGCUUCCAGUGGGGUCGGGGUGCAGAACAAGGCGUCUGCUUCUACUAAAAUGGGAACUCAAACAUCCAGCGUGACGACUCAAGCCAGCACCUCCGCCUCAACCUCUUCUAAUGUUCCCGUAUCCCUGUCGGGCUCCAAGGAGUUGUCUGGGGGAAGCGCAACCCAGCAGGACAAACACAGCAGAGAGGCCCAGUUAGGCCCAGCUCCUGGCCUGAGAGCCAGGAGUCACUCCACGCCCCUGCCUCCCUCCUCCAAGUCCACCUCCCCGUUCUCUCAUCACCACCACCACCCUCACCACCGCCCUUCACACUACCAUCAUUAUCGCAAGCCAGAGAGAGGAGACUCUCCCGCUCCAAUCAAGAGCAGCUCUCAAACUUCGACCCAGGCCACAGUCCAGACCCAAACCUCAAGUACAGGCAAGGAAGGCAAGUCUGUUAGCUUCCUCUUGAAGUCUGAUAAAGGAGAGAGGGAUAAGGAUAGGGACAGGGACAAGGACAGGGAUAAGGAUAGGGACAGGGACCGAGAUAGAGACAGAGAGAGGGAUAGGGAUAGGGGUAGAGAUAGAGACAGGGAGAAAGACAGAGACAAGGAGAAAGACAAGGACAGAGACAGAGACAGGGACAGGGAUAGAGAUAAGGACAGGGACAGAGAAAGAGAGAGGGAUCGGGAUAGGGACCGGGAUAGGGAUCGGGAUAAAGAUCGGGAUUGGGAUAGGGAAGGAGGGCCGCACUCCUUACAGAUGGAUAGUGCUACCGCCAGUAGCAGUCAAACGUCUCAAAGCAGCACCUGCUCAACCCCUACGCCAUUAUCCUCAUCCCAGCGUCCUCAUUCUCGACCACAUCUCCGCUCUCACACUCCACACGGCCUGCCAGCCUACAAGCCUCCCUCCUCAGACAGCCCCCUGCUGUGGACCUACCCCUCCGGUGGCUUCCGGAGACCGCCAGCUUACGAGAGCCUGAGAGGAAGCUCUCAGACUCCGUCUCUGCAACAGCCCUCAAGUCUCACUGGUGUAGGUGAGGGGGCAUCCAAGAUUAAUGGAGGGUCUGCGUCCCUCCAGUCAAAAGUUGGCUUCAUGCCCUGGGACAGCAGUGCCAGCUUAACGGCAGAUGAGGGGUCUUACUGGCCUAUGCAGAGGAAAUUGUCCUUCAGCCACGGGACCAGAGAGACAGAGAAGGAUGAAGGGCGUGCGUGGAAUGGCAGUGCCGAUGCCCUUUUAAGGAUGGAUAAAGAGGACCUGGGGAUGGCGUCUCGAGGAGGCCACUCCGGCAUCCCGGUUCAUUUCAGUGGUGCCACCAGCAGGGCCCUUGGUCACAGUGAGUCCCUGGCUGGCAUGGAUAGCAGCCUGGGAUUCAGGGCCCUACCGAGAGUAGGGCUGCCUCUUCCCUGCCAGACUUUCCCUGCCUGUCGCAAUGGAGAAGUGGGGCGGCUGGGCCGCUCCUCCUCUGCUGCUGGAGUGAGACAGGUGGGUGGAGGAGACGUCCAGAGACAGAGCAGUCUACCAGCACGAGAAGCCCUGAAUCAGCUGCAUGGUCUGGCCCAGCCUCAAGCACCCUGCAGUCCCAGCAGUCCCAGCGUGUCUCGGCAGCAGCAGCAGCUUCAGCUCCACCAGCAGCAGCUACAGUUAAAGCAGCAGCUCCAGCAGCUUCAGCAACAGCACCAUCUGCAGUUGCAGUUCCAGCAGCUCGCCCAGCUGGCACAGGGACAGCCUCCUGUCAGCGGAGGCACCACCCCAUCCACAACGCAGACCCAGAGAGACGGCAAGCUGCUGGAAGUCAUUGAGCGUAAACGCUGCCUGUGCAAAGAGAUCAAGGCCCACAGGCGCCCUGACAAAAGCCUGUGCAAGCAGGACAGCAUGCCCAUCCUCCCUAGUUGGAGACGGACACCUGAGCCUCGUAAGACUGGCACGCCACCCUGCCAGAGGCCGCAAGCCGUCGUGUGGGACACGGCUAUCUGAGGUAGAAAGACAGGCCAGCGAGUACAGCACUGAAGAGAGAGACAAAACACACAGAUGAGUUGACAGUGGUUUGAACAAUUAAUAAAAGAUGAGAGUGAAAAUGGGUUCAGUAACUGGAA